UAUUUUAUUAUUGUUUGGGGGGGGGGGGGAGGGUGGCUGACGAACGCACCUCUCAAAGUUCUACGUGGCAGACCGGAGAACUUUGGCUGACAUGGUGGACAACAAACCCAUUCUUCAGGACAGACCGCCCGCCUACAACACCGUUCCCGGGGCUUACGGUUAUGGCCCCCCGCCGCAGCAGCAACAACACGGCUACGGGGCCAUCCCCGCCGCAGCUCCGCCGCCCUAUCACUACCCGGACGCCGGCCAUGGCUAUCCCCCACCCCAGAUGGGAGCGGCCAUGUCCCAUCAGCCCUACUCUGGAACCUACACAGUUAUCCAACCCUCCGUUGUGGUGGUAGGAGGCUGCCCGGCCUGCAGAGUUGGCGUUCUGGAGGACGACUUCACCUGCCUGGGAAUCCUGUGUGCUAUCUUCUUCUUCCCACUGGGCAUCCUCUUCUGCUUUGCCCUGCGGCAGAGGAGAUGUCCCAACUGUGGGGCCACAUUUGGAUAGACCAAGCAAACAAAAGCGUACAACACACACACACACACGAUGCACAAAAAGAUUGGGAUAUUGGGCUUUGAGGUGUAAUUUCAGGAUGAACCUAAAUUACACUGUAACCUUAACAGGUGAAUUAAAUGUGACCGUCUGGAAACUUUCGCCUUUUUCGACUUUCGGCAACUUGCUGCUCUGAUACAAGGUGCUGAACUGCAAAAUUUGCAACAGGUUUUUGAUCCAUGAAAAUUUCCAAUCACUUGAAUGCCUUUCUGUGACUCUUUCAGUCUCUCUUGCAACCUGCUGAUGACACACGGUGGUGACACUGCACUUUGUAGCCACUUCCUCUGAGAACAUCCUGUUUGAAAUAAUGUUCAUCAAUUGUUUCUGACUUGCUCCCACCUCUGGUAAAAUAUUAGGCAACAUGAGACCAGAAGAUGUUGGUGAUUGAAUUUUGCAACAAUAAUGCAAGGUGAAGGAAAACAAAAUGUCAACACUUGGAUAAGACCGUCCUGUCUGUAAUCGAAGUGUCUUUAAAAUAAAAAAAUUAAAAUAAAAAGUGUUCUGAUACAUGUUCAUCACAGAAAAUGAGGCAAAGCUAAGGACUCAGUGUAAAAAAUAUAUAUCUUUGUAUUCUUUUUCUUUUCAUAAAACAUUUAAACGGGUCCCACAGGCCCAAAUGCCAUACGAGCUUUUAAAUACCAAUUAUAAGUGAACUAGGAAAUGUAUCGUCCGUUCAUGUAUUUGUCCAUUCAUGGAUUAUUUUGCUGUCCAGCUCCUUGGUGGAUAACAGCAAAAAGUAUUGAAACAAACAUUUGGACGUGUGGUCAAAAGGUUACAGAAGGUCAAUUUAAGUUCACCUGUAAAGGUUACAGUUCAUCUGGAAAUUUCACACAAAGCCCAGUAUCCUGAACAUUUUAUGAGUAGUGUAUACAACCACAAUCCAAGUAUUUUUAUGCCUUCCUUCCUCAUCACAUACUGCUGUCGCUGACAUGAAAGAUGCUUAAAAUGUAGAUUCAGAUGAUUAUAUUUGAGGCAGGAUUUAUUAUUAUUAUUUUUUUUUCAUCAAUUAUGACCUGGAGCGAUACUUUUUUUUUUUGUCAAUUUGAAUUGACGUGGCUCAGUGCUGCUGGCCAAUCCCAUAUUUUUGGAUGGACAACCAAGACGUUAAGGAUGUAAAUAAAAUGGACAGCUGCCUGCAGCGUAUUUUGUUGUGUAUUCAUCUCUGGAGGCCAUAUUUGCACUGAUUGUUUAUGAUUCUGCUCGCUUCCCUGACCCCUUUCAGCGUCUUCUCCAGGGCCAUAAGCACCGACCUCAGGUACUUUCUCACCCAUCACUGUUGGAAGAGUGGACUCGUAUCAUGUUGAGAGCGUGGAAAUGAUUCAAAGAAGUGGAUGGUUUUGUCUUGGUGGCCUAUUCCUAUUCCUCUUCCUCAGAACAAUCAAAAACAUGUCAUUGUCUUCCAGCAACGUUGACAUAAAAAAUACAAAAAAGUGUUGUGGCAGACAACUUUUUUUUGCUUUUGUAAGCAAACACUACGCACGCAUGUUCCCAUGAUUAAGGUUCUUACUUUUUAUAUACUCUAUACUAGUUUGUGGUAUUAAAAAAAUGUUACCCAA